AGGUUGAACAGCAGGGGCUCUGCUCUGUGGGACGGGGCUCUCACAUCCAGCAUUUAUUCUCAGGGCGCGCAUCCGCACACACCCCCUCCUAACCUGAGCGCGGUGCUUCGAGCGCGUACACUAUGACAUGUUCCUGACUGUGUGGUUGUAUUUUCUGUCAAAAUGAACAAUGGACUGGUGAUUUAAAGCAGCGGUUAACCGGCAUGAAUGCCCGUUGACUGAAGGAAACAGCCUAUAUGGAUUGGAUCUCAUCGCCACCGGAGCAAAUCUGGGGAGAGUCUGAGAGUGCUGUGGAAGAGCAGACUUCAUCCAAAAACCCAGGUCGCAUGACAGAUUUGUGUCGUAAUGAAACAGACAACUCUCCUCCUCUUCAGCUUCACACGCUCAGGGAGUUUGAACAGCACCUGAAUGACUUGAAGAAGGAGAACUUCAGCCUCAAGCUCCGAAUCUACUUCCUGGAGGAGAGGAUUCAGCAGAAGUACGAGGAGAGCAGUGAGGAUGUCUAUCGUACGAACAUCGAGCUGAAGGUGGAAGUAGAGAGCUUGAAGCAGGAGCUCCAGGAGAAACAGCAGCAUCUGGACAAGGCACUCACAACAGCGGAGAGCUUGACCAAUCACAAUGAGGCAGAGCUGCAGAGACGCUGUCGGGAGAGACAGCAAGAAAUUGACCACAUGGAGCAAGUGCUUGAGACCAAGAUUCAGCUCCUGCAGGAGGAAGCCCAGCUAGCACACAGCGAGGCUGAGAGGAUGGCCUCGCUGGCUGGAUCGCAGUCCCACAACUCCCUCCGCUCCCUUGACACACCCAUGGAGGACAUCCCAGAGGACGAAAGGCCUCCGAGCCUGCUGUCCCCAUUCAACACCAACAAAGACAGGUUGAUAGAGGAGCUGACUAAAGAGCUUUGCUCCAAGGAGGCGCUCAUCACCGAGCUGAGCGGGGAGAAGACGACUCUCACCUUCAGGGUGGACGAGCUGGAGGGACAAGUUCAGGAGCUGUCUUCCUCUCUGCUGCAGAAGGACAAGGAUGUGGAUUUUUAUCAGGAGGAACUCGGUCAAGAGAGGCUGCGCAUCGAACAGGAGAUGCAGAGCCUCGUUGAGGAGCAGCAGAGUCAACUGAACCAGUAUGAGUGUGCGGCCGGGCAGUGUGUCAGAGAGCUGCAGAAGGCCCAGCUCCAGGUCCAAUCCCUGCAGGCCAAGAUCCAUGAGAGCGAGGCCAACAACAUGAAGCUGCAGGAGAAGCUGCACGAGAUGGAGUGUGAGCUGCGUUCAAUCCGCCAGGCUGCUCAGAGUCAGGAGAGAACCAUUCAGGGUCUCUCAGAGUCCAUCAGCACCAAGGACAGUGAGGCCCAAGAGCUAUACCAGCUGAUGGAGGGGCAGAACUCGACUCUGUGUAAGCUGAGAGAUAUGAUCCAUCGCAACCAGCUUACUCAAUGCAAGACUCCAGAGGGGGUCCGUGAGUCCGUAAAGCUCGCCCAGCUGCAGGGCGAGCUGCUGGCAGUGCAAAGCUCCUUGUUCUCCCUCGGGCUGGAGCUGGAGGCCAGCCAGAGGAGUGUGAGACAGAACCAGAGACAAGGAGAAGAUAUGUCCAGGUUUAAGGACAGACUCAACUCUGACCUACAGGAGGCGCAGCAGCACAGGGAGGUCACAGAAAAGCACAACCAGGAUCUGCGAUGCGCCCUUCAGAAAACUCGCUCUGAGCUUCAGGCUAAAGAAGCAGCUCUGAAGGAGGCCGAGGCAGAGAGACACACUGGGCUACAGGAGAAGGAGAGGAGCAUCGCACAGCUCAAACACACUCUGCAGGACAAGGAGCAACAGCUACAGGAGUACUCCGAGAUGAUGGAGUCCACAGGAAGCUCCAAACCUAGAGAUGCCCUGCUGGAGAAACUACGGGAGCGUAUUACAGAUAGAGACCGAGCUCUGGAGCGCUCCAUCGAUGACAAGUUCCGCUGUGUGGAAGAGCGCGAGGGCCAGGUGAGGAGGCUGCAGCUCGCCCUCAGGGAGAAGGAGCGAGACCUGGAGAGACUGCGCUGCAUCCUGUCCAACAACGAGGAGACCAUCACGAGUCUGGACGCCCUGGUGCGCGGUAAAGAUCUGGAGCUGGAGCAGGCGGCCGAGGCCUACAGGAACCUCCAGUGGCUGAAGCAGCAGAGCGAGGAGAAGGAGAGGAACACCCUGAGAGAGAAAGACUCCAUCAUCAGCCAGCUACAGGAGGCUCUGCAGACACACAGCCAGGAGGCACAGGAUCUGACAGCCACCCUUGUUGCCAGAGUUCAGGCCGGUCCAACUGAGGUUGUAGAGGAGUUGAAGGCGCGGCUGGCGCUGAGAGAAAAGCUCUUCCAGGAACUGCUGUCAGACCGCAGUCGCCAGUCUAGUGAACACCGAGCACAGGUCCAGGACAUGCUGAACACUCUCAGCUCCAAAGACCAGUAUCUGCAGGACUCCUCCUACAGGCUCUCUCUUGUGAUCAGUGAGCGGAGCGGCCAGCUGCAGGAGCUUCGCCGACACCUGUCCUCCAGAGAGCAAGAGCUGUGCAAGCUGAACCAGGAAAAGGAGAGGGAAACUGAAGGAGACACGGAGAAUCUGCGGAGUCUCCUCAAAGAGAAAGAAGCCUUCAUCAAGGAGCUGAUGCAGAGCCAGGAGGAGUCCAUGCAGCCAUCUUCCACAGACAGGGAAGACGAGAUGACGGCUUUACAGGAGGAGUUGCAGCUGGUAGUCAAGAAGGAGAAGGAGGCUCAGGAGGAGCUCUCUGCUCUGCGUUCAUCUUUGGCUCACCAGGACAUCACUGAUCACCAAUGUGUGCUGGAGCAGCUUGUGUCAGAGUACAACAAGCUGAAUGAUGCCUUGAGGGCGGAGAAGAGAGUGUACCAAAAUCUCACGAACAUUCACACCAGGAGUGACAGCUCUGAGAAGAUCCAGGCCCUCCACACUGAGCUCGACUCGGUGCAGGCGCUCCGCAGACAGCUGGAGGAGGUCCUGGCCAAGACCCGUAACAUGGCCGUGGUGCUGGAGCGGGAAGCUAACAGGCAGCCUGACUUUGGAGAGCUCAGCACAGAGGAGGAGGAGGAGGAGGAGGGAGAUGAUGAAGAAGGCAGCAGUGACGAGUUCACUGACAGCAUAGAGGAUGAUGAAAAAGUGACAGCCAGAAGUUUGGCCUCCAUUCAGGUUUGUGGAGCUGAGGGUGUGACAAGCGCGCUGGUGUCUGAUGUGAAGCAGCUUGAGGACGCAAAGAACACACUUGAAGUCCAGCUUAAAGAAAUAAAGUCACAAUUGGAGAGGGAUGGAUACAACUCCGUAGCUCAGAUGAGGAGUGCACUGCAGGGUCUACAGCAAGAGAAGCAAGCUCUGAAAGACAGUCGAGGACUGAACCAGGAAGAGGAGGAGGAGGAGGAAGAAGAAGAAGAGGAUUGGGAUAUCGAGGAAGAAGAUGAAGAGGAGGAGGAAACAUCUCCGGUGCCGGCAGGGAAGCGUGGUCAUCUGUGUGUCAGUCUGAGUGACGACCAUGGAAAGAGGGACUGCAAGAGGCCGCGCUGUCUGACCACCCCUCAUCACACACAACAGCCUGAGACGGAAGUGGAGCCUCCUGGUGACAGCAGUGAGGUGGGAGUGCUCUGGCAGGAUAUAGAGGAGGGUCUUCGUGAACAAGCGUCCCGCCUGAGCUCCAAUCUGGCUGUGAGCCACCAAGAAAACAGAGAGCUGCAGGAGAGGCUGAUGGUGUCCGAGGCAACGGUGCACGCUCAGGCCGAACAACUGAAGGACUACAGAGAUCUGCUCACCGAGACAUCCGUCCAGCAGGCCAAUAAGCAGGUGCAGGUGGACCUCCAGGAUCUGGGGUACGAGACUUGUGGUCGUAGUGAGAACGAAGCAGAGAGAGAAGACGCCAGCAGCCCAGAGUUUGAUGACCUGGAGAUGUGCACAUCACUGUCCAAUCAGCAGGACUACGAGGGUGGGGGCGGCAGCUGGUACGCUGGCAGCAGUAACACAGAUGGUUAUGAAAUGGGCGAUGAGUCCGCCUCUCUGCAGCAUCUCGUCCAGGAUCUCCGCUCUCAGCUGACCCGCUGCCACAAGGUGAUCCGGGGGCUGCAGCUGCGAGUCCGCUCCCUGUCCACCACCAGCGACUACGCCUCCAGCCUGGAGAGAACCCCCCGCAAGGUAAACUGGGCCUUUGAGACGUCACCGGCCCCCAGCGGUGUAGAAGAGGAUGAAGGCUGGAUGUCAGACACCCAAGGGGUCCGCUCGGUGUCCAAGCCCAGCAGGGAGCUGCAGGAACUGAUGGCACGAGUUGCUUCACUGGAGUCGCAGCUUAAAAGCUCCAGACUGGAGGGCAAAGGCCAAGCAGAGGAGGGGAAAUGUGCCACCUGGCCUGGGAAGUACAACACUCUGAUCCAGGCUCAAGCUCGGGAGCUGUCUCAUCUGAGGCAGAGGAUGAGAGAGGGGCAAGGAGUCUGCCAUAUCCUCACCCAACACCUGGGUGGACACCACCAAGCCUUCGAGGAGCUGCUGCGGGCGAAUGAUAUAGAUUACUACAUGGGUCAGAGCUUCAGGGAGCAGCUGGCACAAAACUCUGCCCUGGCAAGAGCGGUCGCCAAGAUCAUUGGACGUGAACGUGCAGAGAGCCACGAUGACAAGGCAGGCCAUGAGUUGCUUGCACUACGGCUGAGUAAAGAGCUUCAGCAGAAAGAUAAAAUCAUCGAGUCCCUCCACACCAAGCUGCAGCAGCGUCCAGAUACCCCGUCCAGCUGCCACGCCCUCUCUGAGACCACCGACCAAUCAGACAGGACGUCCUUGGUGUCCGAUGAGUACAGAACCAACGAAGACCUGGAGAUGUGCUCCGAUUUAGAAUACCAGGAGGGGCUGCCGGGACACGGAUCAGAACGAGACGUCCCUCCAUCCUCUAUUCCUCCUCAUGGCUUCCUCAAGACCUCCAGCAGCUGUCCCAACAUGCUUUGCUCCGCCCCUGUGGGUUUCACCAGUCACUCCUCCAGAGCCCUUUUCAGUGAUCCCGUCUCCUUCUCCUUGUCUGGCCCCUGUGGCCCUGACGCCUGGGGCAGAGAGGUUUAUUCUGCCCCCCGGCCCAGGGCCCUGUCUGUGCUCGCUGUCCGCCCAGAGCUGGACACGCUGUACAGACAGAUGAUGGAGAGGAACAGGGGCUUUGCUGUCCCCCAUGACAAGCCUCUGUUCAGCCUCUCACCUGGUGGCCACAACCAGCACGACCUCUCCAGCUACAGCCAGCUCUCCCAUCAUGCCUUUCAACAGUAUCCACUGGGUGGCAUUCCCGAAAGCCACUCGCUGAAGUCGGACUCAGGUCGUUUGACAGGAGGGACUCUGUGGGACAUGGAGAACAGGGGUCAGCACGGCGGAGGGUACUCUGGGUCGGGACACCUGCAGGGAGGCAGCCAUACAGGGGUACAUUUGAUGGAGGAGCACCUGCGGGAGGUGCGGUGUCUCCGUCAGCGUCUGGAGGAGUCCAUCAGGACCAAUGAGAGGCUCCGACUGCAGCUGGAAGAGAGACUGGCCUCCAAUGGGCGUGACGGAGGGGCACCUACAAACAUCUAUAUCCAGGGACUGGACACAGUCACUCAGCUGUCCAAUGAGAUCCGAGUCCUGAAGGAAGAAAAUGUGGGCCUACAGUCACGCCUGCAGGCCAGCACAGACACAUGUGAGGAGGUGGUGCAGCUGCGGGAAGCGGUGUUUACAGCUCGCGCUCGCCUGAAACAAGCAGAGCUGGAGGCGGAGCAGUGGAAAGAGGAGCUGAGACGACUGCAGGCUCACAGCCAGGAACAGGGCCAGCAGAUUCACAUCCUGAGGCAGGAGCGGCUGGCCAGCCAGGAGAAAACCAACAGGCUCCAGCAUGAGGUGUCUCUCCUGCAGCAGCAGCUCUGUGAGAGCAGAGAGCUCAUACACUCCCUGCAGAACGAACUACAAGUGUACGAUCAAGUGUGUUCCAGCACAAAAGCCAAGAAAGGCUUCCUGUGUGAGCUGCCAGGUCUGCCGGUGGAGCUGGGCGAGCUGCUGGGGGAGGUGAGGAGUCUGAGAGCUCAGCUGCAGAACAGCGUCCAGGAGAACAGUGCUCUCAAACAGCUGGAGCUCCACAAGCAGCUGGAGCAGAAGCUGGGUAUGGGCUCCCCUCGGACCCCCUCCCUCUCCGCCCUCACUGCCAGUCCGCAGAGAGAUAACUUCUACAGGCGACAGCUACUGCACGACCCUGCUCCUUCUCCUCCGGUCAGGGACAUUGGUCUGUUUAACUGCGGGUCCCCCGGUCCCCCCUACUCAGACCUGGAUGACAGCCACAGCACUGCCAAUGCAGAACCUCUCGACCCUCACUCUGAGCUGGAGGGCGACGCCCCUGAUGGAUCGUUUGCAAACCGCAAUGGGCGUCACGCCAUCGGCCAUGUGGAUGACUUCGGCGCUCUGCAGCAGCAAGUGCUAGAGGGCCGGAGCCUCGUCCAGCGCAUGGAGACCGCCCUGCAGGCCUGCCUCGGCCCCCCGCUGCUGGAGGGCGACCGGAAACAGAGCAGUGAGCUGGGACUGGACUAUGGAUGUGUGAAGAGUCUGCUGUCCAACACCAAGACUCUGAGGCAGAUCCUGGAGGAGGCCAUGUCUCUGCUGAAGAUGUUCUGGAGAGCAGCGCUGCCGAGCUCUGACCCCUCCAUGCAGAACCUCAAGAAGGAGCAGUGUAUGCAGGAGGAGAUCUUGUCCCUGAAGCUGCGUGUGUCGGAGCAGGAAGAGGUUCUUAAGGGGACGAUUCAAAGACUGAGGAGCACCAGCCGCACCAAGGAGAACAUGGAGCACUUCAUAGUCAACCAGUUGUCAAGGACUCGUGAUGUGCUGAAGAAAGCCAGAACAAAUUUAGAGAAGAAUGAGCUGAGACUUUCCUCUCUAAGCUCCUCCUCUUCCUCUCCUUACGCUGAUGAGGACCCAGGAGUUUCUGCCAGAGAGCGGCCUGCUCAUCGCAGUUUCCUGAAAAUCAGCAGUGCUUCCGGAGCUGCAGCCAAUCAACGUCCAGCAGCGAGGAAGCGCAGCAGCCAAUGCCUGCUUUAGACUUUUAAAGAACCAGCCUCAACGCUACCACCUCUUACCUCUAACCUCUUAUAGCCAAGAUAUAACACCCCCCAGCCUCUUUACAGCCCCCCGACACCAGCCUUUUUGUCCCACCAAGCCUCCGUCCCGCCAUGAGAGUGCUUCCUCCCUCCUCCAGGCAAUAUGUGCGCAGUAUAAUCUGCACCUUGAGCCUUACCAAACUUCCUAAACCCCCAAUUUCCCCUUCCCCCUCCAUGUGUUAUUGUCUUUGAGUGAUACAGUUGGCAGUGUGACAGAAGAAGGUGUUUGAAAUGUGCCUCUGGUGGUUUAGUGACGUGCGUCCAACUGAUGGAGCUGGUUGAAGAUGCUCCUAGAAACUGAUCUCAGAACAGGUGUCUGUUCCUAAAACUGAUUUUUGGUUUCAUGGAUUGUAAAACAGAAACUUUCAGGAUAAUUAAACCUGAUUUAGGCAUUUUAAAAUAUAACAUAACUUGCCAAUUAAAACCAUGAGUUUCCAUAGUACACCCUGAGAUCUGUAUCUAAGAGCAUCCUCUUUUGAGAGCCAGGCAGCCUGUGGACGGAAAAGAUGUUCCUGCAUGUUAAAUCGUGGCUUGAGAGAGGAAUUCUGUACACAUGUACACACACAUUUAUAUCUGUAUGUGUGAUCUAAAACGGCUCACUCAAAGACAACACUUCCUCAACUUCAACUGCCACAGAAAUGCAAGUGUACUUCUCGUGGCGCUUUUAAGGACUUUUUUUGUUGCAAAUGCAAUGCAAAGAACAAUGACAUCCACGAUGUACCACUACACACAGUGGAGGAAUGUAGAGGAGGUAGGCGAUCGAUGCGAAACAAGUUGUGUACUAGCUGUACUGGUAUUUGUGGAAGCUUCUGAAUGCUAUUUUAGGGUUCUAAUGGUACGUUUUGGCAUGUACCUACAUUUGAAAAACUGAAUACUUCAAAAACAUGGGAGUAGAUCGAUCCGGUUGGUUGUGAUUUCCUAAGCAAAAUGUAGGAUUGAAAACAAAUUAAAAACAGAGGUUAAAGUGCUGAAAUGGAACCGGGCUAAACACGCGUAUUCAAGCUCCUCUGUAGGAGUUCUCAUACGAGCAUGUGCAAUAAUGAUGUUUCAUGAAUGAUCAUGCUGCACCGAGUUAUUAUUUAAUAUUUAGCUUGACACUGGAUUAUUAGUCACACUCUAUAUAACGUUAGGACACGAUUAGUGUUACGAUUGUACUAUUUGCCAGAGUGUUGAUGCAUGACAGAGAUUGUAAACACCUAAGCUAUGGAACAGGGGAUUGCCAAUACUUGCCAAAGUUUAAACUUCUAACUUACAGUACUUUGACUUGCCUUAUCCAUGCGAAUGACAAACCCAGGUCUGAUCAGACCGCAGGGAUACCGAGGUGUCUUCUUUUCAGAGAGCCUCCAGAACCACAGAGACGGUAACCGUUAGACAGAUUGCUCAGUGUAUUUCGAAUUGUGUGACGGAAAUUAGCUCCUUUUUUGGACCAAAACUCAACAGAGUGGAUUUUUCCCACGUGGCCAUAUGCUAUUGUCUUUAUUUUAUUUCUCUUGGUUCAGGCCGUCCCAGCAUUCCCAUGGCAAUGGCAAUAUAGGUUAUCAAGUUCUUAUAGAUGAUGCAAACUUUGGCAAUCUACUGGUAGGACCAUUGUUCUUUGAUUCACUCACUCAUAACAGUUCAAAUUAAGUUUGAUGUGUUCUUGCUGUACAUUUGCCAUUUUAUGCUGUAUAUUACCUGCUGGUUCUGUUUAAACGUGUGUGUGUGUGUGUGUGUGUGUGUGUGUGUGUGUGUGUGUGUGCGUGUGCGUGUGGGUUCCUAUGUGUGUGCGUGCGUGUUAAAAAACAUCCAACAUUUGCUUUUUGCAAAGUUGAUUUUCUGGGUAGCUGUGCAAUAGCGUUAUAUUAUUUUGAUGUUAAACAUCAUGGUAUUACGAGUAUGUUUGCUGCGAUUUAUAUGCAUUGUGUCAAUUUGUAUCAAUUAGUCACAUAGGCUGUGUCUGAUUAGAAACCACAAACUAUGCCUUCAUGAUAUCUAAGUCACUGAUCACAAUCAUCACCUAUAACAAAGCUCUGAUAAUGUUGCUUCGCUUGCCUUUAUAUUUAGCCUGAGAGCUGCAAUCUGCUCUCAGCGGCCAACAUGAACUAGUGCUCAUCUACCUGAGAUCUGCCAAAUUAGGUUUUGUUUGCGCUCGAGUCUUAGGAAAAAGACUGAAGAUGCCAAGUAUUUUAAUAGAGAUAACAAGUUUGAUAUUUCCUUUUUGAAAUGUAAAGGGAAAUGUUUUGAAGAAUUGUCUACUGUAAAAAGAAAGUCAGUGAAAGAUUGUGAAACGUUGGAUCCACAAAGCACCUUGUUGGAGCGUAAGCAAAGCCUUUUUGCUAUUUGUUAUUAAGAAGGGAAUCAAACAGCAGUUUGAUGUUUUGUUGGUUCUGCGUUACAUGUGUAUAUAAUGCUAUUUGAUUGGUGCAAUUUUUAUGUGGUUGGAAAGCAGCUUUUUCUGAGUUUGUGCAUAAGGAACUAGGACGCCGAUACAGGACUCGAAUAGAUCCUGUCUCUGAUGACAGUUAACAGUGUACUGUGUUGGAAAAAGUAUUAGCAAUGACAGAUUUGUGGAAAGAAUGAAUAAAAAAAACACUUCAAAAAGUU